GUUUUGGUCAUGGUCUAUCUAUUUUUAACUUGUUUUGCUCAUGCCACAAGAAUGGAGCACUACCUAGUUAAAGGUAUUGCUUUGUUGAAGAAAGUUCCCUUCUAACAUGGAAGUAGGAAGUAACGAAACAAAUAUUACAGCUAGUUCAGUCAAAGAUGCAGAUGUUAUUUCUGUGUAUAAACUCAAUCAAGAAGACAGUAACUGGAUAGUAACAAAUUCGUUUAUAAUCUUCACUAUGCAAACGGGUUUCGGUAUGUUAGAGUCUGGUUGUGUGUCUUUAAAGAAUGAAGUUAAUAUUAUGAUGAAGAACGUAGUAGACAUUGUGCUUGGAGGAUUAACUUAUUGGCUAUUUGGCUUUGCAACAAGUUUUGGACCAAGUACAUAUAAUUCCUUUAUUGGCUUCGGAGAAUUUCUAAUAGAUCCUCCAAUUAGUGAUCAUCUAAUGGGUCCAAAAUGUGCUGCAUUUAUAUUUCAACUAAGCUUCGCAACCACUUCAACAACUAUUGUCAGUGGAGCUAUGGCAGAACGAUGUAAUUUCAAAGCAUACUGUCUAUUUUCUUUUUUGAAUACUAUUGUGUAUUGUAUACCAGCUGGAUGGGUGUGGGGUGACCAAGGUUUUUUAAAGAACAUGGGUUCUGUUGACAUUGCUGGAUCAGGAGUGGUGCAUCUUGUUGGGGGUAGUUCUGCACUUGCUUGUGCCAUUAUGUUAGGACCACGAUUAGGCAGAUAUGAUAAUGGAACUGACCCAUUACCUCUUGGAAAUCCUGUUAAUGCUAUUAUGGGUUUAUUUGUACUUUGGUGGGGCUGGUUAGCUUUUAACAGUGGUAGUACGUAUGGUGUCAGUGGGCAACGAUGGCAGUAUGCUGCUAGAGCAGCAGUAUCUACAAUGCUAGGAAGCAUGGGAGGAGGUUUAAUUGGACUAGGUUUUAGUUUAGCUAAUCCAAGUGGAAUUGAUAUUCUCAGUCAGAUAAAUGGUAUUCUUGGUUCCCUAGUUGCUGUAACAGGUGGCUGUUUCCUUUUCAGGGCUUGGGAAGCUAUAAUUGUUGGAAUGGUUGGUGCUUUCAUUACAUGUUCCUUAAUGCCCCUACUAGAUAAAAUGCAUAUUGAUGAUCCUGUUGGAGCCAGUGCAACACAUGGAGCGAGCGGAAUUUGGGGGAUCAUUGCUAUUGGUUUGUUUGCAGAUAAUCCAUAUCCUCUUGACACUACUAAUGGAAGAAAGGGCUUAUUUAAGGGGGGAGGAUGGUACUUAUUAGGUGUGCAGUGCCUAACUGUUCUAUGCUUAAUAUUAUGGAGCUUUAUCACUUCCAUUAUUUUAUUAUGGGUCAUAAAUAAAAUUAUACCUAUUAGAAUGAGUGUGCAUGAUGAACUACUUGGAGCAGAUUUAAUGGAACAUCGAAUACGACACAUGCAGAUAGGUGUUAGUAGAGCUAUGUCUGCACUUCGUCCAGAUUCUCAAGAACACAAAUUGGGAACUGUGUAUCCGGUAGGAAUAAAUCCUGGUCAUGAUUCCUAUAUUGAAAAAUAUAAUCGCAAAAAUCGUUUAAAAGCGGGUAAACAAUUGCCCCUUGGGAAAAUAUCAUCAAAGACACGUCAGUCUAAUACAGUUACAGAUACAACAGUAACUGGUCAGAACAAACCACAUUUUGCUUGGAUGAAUUGAUAUUUUCAAACGCCUUCUAACAAUUUAUCGAAUGUAAAUUUAUUAGAAACGUAUAAAUGUAUUCACAUACACGUUCUAACGCUGCUUUCACACAUUACUGAAACACGUACAGUGUAUACACACAUUCUUCGAUAAAUAAUCAAAAUCUUAUGCAAUUACGUACAUAAUAGUUACACACACCAGAAUAAAAGAGAGCAAAUCUGUUCAGAGAUCACAGACACAGUAAAUACAUGUUAUACAAUAUUUAUAUAUUAAAAGAGUGUUUAACAGCAUGGCACACGUAAGGAAGUUACCUUUAUUAUAGUUCUGUUUCAAAUAAAAUAAUUCUGUGAAUAGUACUUUGUCUUUUAUAGUUAUUAUGGACGUAAUGUUGGACGUUUUAUCAUGCUGUCAUUAGCAAUAAUUAAUCUUCAA